CGGAAGUUUUGGGUUGUGGUAGAUAUGGAACAAUAAGCUUUGCUAAUCGCUAUCUUUAUUUUACUGUAACCUCGUUGUUUUUUAGCAGCGUAAUUACACAGAGCCAAGUGGACGUGUAAACAUGGAGGUGCCUUGUUAUCUACCCAAACUUUUGUGUGAGCUCAAUGAGCAGCGAAAACGCGACUUCUUCUGUGACUGCAGUAUCCUUGUGGAAGGCCGUGUUUUCAAAGCCCACCGUAAUGUGUUGUUUGCUGGGAGCGGCUAUUUUCGGGCUCUUCUGGUUCACUAUCUGCAGGACAAUGGACAGCGCUACAGCACAGCUUCCUUGGACAUUGUGACCGCUGAUGCUUUCUCUAUCAUCCUGGACUUCCUCUACUCUGGCCGCUUGGCCUUGAACAGGAGCAACGUCAUUGAGGUGAUGUCAGCUGCCAGCUACCUCCAAAUGACUGAUCUGGUGAACUUCUGUAAAGAAUAUAUCCGCUCAUCUUUGGAAAUUUGCAGUAAGGAGAAAGAAAGGGACACAGAGAAAGAGAAACAGGCAGAGAAUGGAGCAGUGGGGCCUGCGGACAGUGGCACUCCUACUGCAACCAUCUCCAGUGGUGCAGGAGUUCCAGAGACCCAUUCACAAGCUGCAGAGGCAGAUAGAGGGUCAGGUUUAGGUCCAGGAUCUGCAACAUCAGCUAGGACCUCUCUUUCUGUUACUGUAACAACCCCUCCAGGCUCCAGCAGAGACAUGGACAGUGCCUACUCUUCUAGGGAGGGGUUUGCAUCUGGAAGUGAAGGACAGAAGGGACAUAUGGAUCAAACUAAUCUCUCAUCUUCCUCAUCCUCUGCUUUGACUCCAGAGUUGGUGAACCCUAAGAUAGAGUAUGACCCUGAUGAGGAAUUAAUGGAGUCCCCCGACACUAAAGACCUUACCUCAUAUCCUGGUCCUUCUCUGCAUAAUACCCAUCAUACUAGGUUACUUGCCACAAGUCCCUCCCCCUCUAAUGAGCGCUCCCUUUCAGGAUACAGCCCUUCCUUUAAUACCAGGCAGCUUAUGGAGAUGUUGGCCAGAGGUGAAGGCCCCAGAGGCCCCAGCCCUUUGGGAGACAGAGUAGCUCCACGCUUUACCCAGGGACUGGGUAGCAGUGCAGGAGCAAGCAGAAUGGAUGAAAGUUUAAGCUUCGUGGGAUCAUCUAUAAUGGAGAUCCAGUCUGACUGGCUUGGAGAGGAAACAGGUGAUGGCUUGGUGGUGCCAGUGAAACUCCACAAAUGCCCUUUCUGCCCGUACACUGCCAAGCAGAAGGGGAUCAUGAAGAGACACAUACGCUGCCACACAGGAGAGAGGCCGUUCCCCUGUCCCAUGUGUGGCAAGAGGUUCACACGACAGGAGCACCUUCGCACUCAUGCCCUUAGUGUCCACAGACACUACUGGCCAGUAUCAUGCAAGAGCUGUAGGCGAACCUUCACCGGGUCAGAUGUUUCACCGGGACUCAGACGCUUCGGGAUCUGCGACAGCUGCAAUUGCGUGACCACCACUCAUGAUGACUCUGCUCCGGUUCACCCCUCCAGCCAACCUGAGCCCCUGGAGCGUUCUGAGGGGGGGACAGAUUGGUCCAGUUUUAUGGACGAUGUGGAUGAGGUGGAGGUGGGCCGAGUGGAGGACUUAGUGGAAAAACAGAUGCUUGAAAGACAGCUGGCUGUCUGCAAUGAUGUAGGUCACACACUGUGAAUUCACAACCCACUUAAAAAGCCUUUACAUGAAUGUUUGCCAUCUUACUGAUGUUAAAUGAUUACUGUAAGAUUACUUAUUUAUUGACCCAUUUGCAUAAAAAUAUCCAGUCCAUCUGAUUCUUGACAAUAAUGUGUUCUGCUGAUUUACCUAUAAGCAGGAGAGAUUCAGGAUUUUUGACUUGAAAAAUUAGCCAAAGUGAUGAAAACCACAUUUGUCUGUAUGUGUUGUAAAUAAAGAGAAUGUGCCUGCUAGUUGAAUAGGAUAGAGGAAGUAGCCAGUUACAUGUUGUGUGCACAAUACAAUUUGUACAUUAAAUAAAAACUUUGUUGGUCAACUGUGAA